AUGUCGAUACCAUAUCAUACGCUCAAGCACUACCUCAACCUUCACCGCCGUGGCAUUACGAUCAAAAGCAGCCGUAUGGGUCCACCACCAACUCUGCCCUUAGAGUGCGAACAAAACAUGGUGCAAUGGAUUGUAGCCAUGCAAAAAGUAGGGUACCCAAUUACUCGUCAAGACCUCCUACUCAAGGCCAACGGACUCCAAGCGGAUGCCAACUAUGUACCGGCGGGCACUGAUGUUCUGUGCUGGCACCUCGAUUUUUCGUUGGUGAAGCUUAACUUGAAAGCUGGUGUCAGCUUGGCCCCAUACGGUUACCUCCAAGCCCGCAGCACCGGCCCGGUGCUGAACGAAUCCAUCUACAUUGCACAGCACCCCGUGGGCAAGCCCAAGCGCAUCGCAACCACCGUGGACAGUGGCGUCGCCAGCACCAUUGAAACAUUGAGCGCCACGACUUACCGAUCUGACCAGGGUAGGUACUCUUUGGAUACGGACGUCGGGUCGUUCGGGUCAUCUGUACGCGGUGCUCGCGACAAUAAGGUCGUCGCACUGCGCAACUGCGGCUCAUGGCCAAACUCUGGCAUCAAAAUCAACAAAAUCGUGUCCAAGCUCCGCAGCGUGGGGACCUGCCUGCGAACGCCGCUGCCUAGAACGAUGGUGCGUCGUGCCGAGUGUGAUGUCUGA